AUGUUAUUGGAGAGUGACGGCGGUCGAGCGAUCGUAAUGGAGCAAACGAAUGAUUCAGCUGCCGCCACUGCGUCGGCCGCGGCCAACAAUGUACCACGGAGCUCGCAACCGGGAGAUUUUGCAACGGCUGCCGCGGUCGUGCUUUCACUGCAAAGCACCAUGGUAACCAGUCUGCAGCAGGCCGCUCUUAUGCCAGCCAAUUCUCCAGCUGCAGCUGCAUUCAACCUUCAGGCACUGGAAUCAUAUCUCACUCUGCAAAGAAUAACCGGAAAAUCGGAUGUGCUGCGCCUAUCCAAUCGAACACCGUUGCCCUCGAUGCCGCUAACUUCUUCAUCUUCUACCAUUACCUCCGCCGCUGCAACCAACACGGUAACAGCGGACGAUAUGCUGAUGGACACGCAACCAGCAACGGUGCAGCAGCUGCUCCAGAACAAUGACCUUUCCGAUGAACUUCCGGUUCUCGAUCAAGACGAUGAUCUCAACUUCGAUGAUCCUAUGCACGACUCAACCUCCGACGGUAACUCUCUCGAUACCGGUUAUCCUAGCCUUGUGCUGAAUGCAGCCUUCCACCAACAAAUGAGUGCCGAUAAGUUCAAAACUCUGGCGGCGACCACAUCUCCUUCGAGUUCUGCCGCCGCUGUUGCAGCCGCAGCUGCCGCCGCUAGUCUAGUUGCGAACACUGCCGCCGCCGCUGCAGCAGCCGUUUCGAAAAAAUCUACACCCUCAUCAACGGCUACAGCUACAGGCGUUCAACAACAGCAACCAAGCUCGGGAAUAGCCAUUGCCGCCGCCACCGCCGGUCAGAGGCCGAAAAAACAGUUCAUUUGCCAGUUUUGUAAAAGACAGUUCACCAAGUCCUACAAUUUGCUCAUUCACGAGCGAACCCACACCGACGAGCGGCCAUAUUCGUGUGAUAUCUGUGGAAAGGCAUUCCGCCGGCAGGAUCAUCUUCGGGAUCAUAGAUACAUCCACUCCAAGGAGAAACCCUUCAAAUGUUUGGAAUGCGGAAAGGGAUUUUGCCAAUCGCGGACGUUAGCGGUGCACAAGAUCCUACACAUGGAGGAAUCACCACACAAAUGUCCGGUGUGCAGUCGGAGUUUCAACCAACGUUCGAACCUGAAAACACACCUGCUCACGCAUACGGAUAUUAAGCCGUACCACUGUGUGGCCUGCGGUAAAGUAUUCCGGCGGAACUGUGACCUCAGGAGGCACAGCCUAACACAUAACUUAGGGGCAAGCGAAGCCGUCGGUGUCGACGGCCAGUUGGAUCUGACCGGCACUUCCUCGUCCUUGGGUUCCACCGGUGCCGAAACGAAUACUAUCGAUCUAAUGGCAUUAGCUGGAGCUGAUUAG